UAGAGUUUAAGAAGGAAAGGUGCAAAAUCAGUGUAGCAGUUCAGACAGAAGCAGGGGUGGUGAGAAUGUGGUUUUAGCUUCAUCUUCUUCUGCUUUUAAGAUUUAGUUUCUGUGCUCAGAGUAUCUUCCGGAUAAAAAUAACUCUUGACUGAAAACUGUCUUCACCAGCAGCUGUUUCUGCACCUGCAUUGUCAUUUUCUUACUUGAAUCAACAAAGUUUUACAUCGAACAUCACCAUUUCAGAAGCUUGAAGUCAUGGACAAUUUCACUUCUGUACAACCCUGGACAGUAAAUGAUUCAGAUGGGCUCUGCAGCUUCAGCCUUUCCCCUGAAGAGGUCCUCUCCCACACCUACAUCCACUCCAUCAUCUGCGCCUUCGGCCUGAUUGGCAACGUUCUCGUGAUGAUCACCUACGGUUUCUACAAGAGGACCAAGACGAUGACAGAUGUUUAUCUGUUCAAUGUGGCUGUGGCAGACCUGAUCUUUGUGGUGGCGUUGCCUCUUAUCGCACAUAAUGAGCAGAAUGGGUGGCCCAUGGGUUCUGUGGCUUGCAAGAUGUUGCGCUCGGCCUACAGCAUCAAUUUAUACAGCGGCAUGCUGUUGCUUGCCUGCAUUAGCUGCGAUCGAUACAUUGCUAUUGUUCAAGCCAGGCGCUCCUUCGGUUCUCGCUCCCAAGCUGUCAUGUACGGCCGUCUGAUCUGCUCCGCAGUUUGGGUGUUUGCACUGUUUUUGACUUUGCCUACACUUAUCUACACUGAGCUCUUUGAAGAAUAUGACCUGAUUGAGCUUAGUUCAACUUUGACAUGUGAGCUCACUUUCAAACACAGAAAGACUGCAGAGCUGAUGAAGGUGAUGGUGCCAAGCCUGCAGAUGGCUGUUGGCUUCCUUCUCCCUCUUGUAGUUAUGGUUUUCUGCUACUCAAGCAUUAUGUGCACCUUGCUCAAAGCCCACAACAGCCAGAGGCACAAGGCAAUCCGGGUGGUUUGGGCAGUUGUUGUGGUCUUCAUCAUGUGUCAUUUUCCUUACAAUGUGACUCUCCUGAUCCACACGGUGUUUCUUUUUAUGGAGAGAAGCUGUGAGGAGGAAAAGACCAAACUCACGGUUCUGGCCACUUCCAGGAGCAUAGCUUACCUCCACUGUUGCCUCAAUCCCAUCCUCUAUGCGUUUAUUGGAGUUAAGUUCAGGAGCCACUUCAGGAAAAUAUUGUCUGACCUUUGGUGCUUUGGCAAAAAGUACAUCUACUCUGCUCGCUCGUCACGUGGGACACCUGAAGUUUGCAUUUCAGGCCUGAGAACCUCGGAGGCUUCAAACAACAUGUCAUCCUUCAGUGCCUGACAGCCAUGCAAGUAACCUCUGAUUUGUCUAGUCCAGUUACUUUCCACAUGUGUAGUUCCACAUGUGUCAAUAACAAAAAGAAAUUAUAUUCAAUUUAUCAUAAAAAAUAAUACUACCUGCCUUUGUAUGGUAACAGGAUUUUUAUUAGCCAGCGAAUGUGAAUGUGAGCCCCAUGAGGAUUUUGUUUUGGCUGGAUGGAUAAUAAGUGGGCCAGAGCUCAAACUACCACCAGUUUAAGCCCUUAAGCAGAUCUUAUCAGUGUAUCAAUUGGAUAUUAAGAUGCUAAUUACAUUCAGCUUAAUUUCCAGUCAGUGUAGUUAUAUAGAGUCGUUUCACAAUAACUGUCUCAAGGCUAAAAAAGUUAUUACCUUGAGAAAUAAUGACAUUUGGUUAAGUAUAAAGCAUGCCUUACUGCCAAAAAUGAUUAAAUGUCACAAGUCAUACAAAUGGAACUGAUAUAGAGUGACAUUCAUUCAGUGGUGCUAGGCUCCACUCAGCAUACCCAAAGAGUGCUGUAGUGCGAGGUCUGCUUUUAUCUUCUCCUCGUUCUGCACCCUCUCUAAGAGUCAUAUAGACAUUACAUAGUUAUCAAACGGUACGUUAAGCUCAGUUUAAUAUUCAAAAAUCUUUUCUGUUUAAGAAAGCCUAGCAGAUUGCAUCAAAUCAUUGACUUGCAGAAUUCAUUCCUUCUGGACCAGCAUAUGCAAAAUAUUUCUUGUGUUGUGCUGUUGCCUUUACUGCAGUCCCUCAUAAAAACUGUGUAGAAUAAUUAAAGUUAACAGGUGAAAUAACAGCAAAUACUGCAAGUUAUUACAAGUGAUUUUCUGUGUUAUUAAAUAUAAUGUUCAUGAGCUGACAAGUAUGAAAACAAGAAACUUUUUGAAUAUGUUUUUUACUAGAGUUUCGAAGUAAUUGUUUUGUACACCGCUUUACUGACAUAGAAAGGGUUCAGCCCUGUUCUAACUGAAACAAAUACGAAACCCUCUGUUGAAAACCCACAAAUCCACAGCUACUUUUGUUUUUACUCAGCUCAACAUUACGUAGAUAAUGUCAUUGGUCUUUUUGAAGUUGUUUUGUAUCAAACUGAGAAAGAAAGUAUUAUGCUCUUAGCAUAAAAGGGAUAAUACAGCAAGGCCUGUGGAUGGUAGAUAUUUUAUGGAAAAUAAAGUGUUUUUCUGUAUAUAAUUGCUGAAAACAAUAUAUUUUUAACUUUUCUCUUAGCAAUAACUAUUCUUAUGCUAUCUUUGCAUUAUUAUUUGCGGAAGAGGAUUAGGGUCACCGAAAAUAAAAAGAAUUCUGAGGUUAAAGUCAAAAUUCUGACUUUAAUCUCAGAAUUCUGACUUUAAUCUGAGACUUUAAUCUCAGAAUUCUGACUUUAUGCUUGUUUUGCCUCUUUAUGUUUAUCUCAAUAAGCCACUGAGCCAAUGUUGGUUUUCCCCAAAUGAUGAAGACAGAACCUGUGGACAAAAAUGGACCUUUAGGGUAGUGAAAGAUGAUUUGUGUAAAAUUUGUGAAACAAUUAA